AUCAUGGCUGGCAGGGCUCCAACCCCCAUGUUUACCUGCUAAGGCUGCACUGGACCUCAUUUAUUGGCACAUUGGCUUCAGGUCCCCCUCUUUCAUCUUCUGUCUUCCGCUUCCUUUCCCUUUGCCGAAGAUGUCCUACUUGCCACAGCCUCAGGGCCUUCCAUGAAUUUUAUCCGAAAUUUUCCAAGGUGUUCAAAGGAAGAAAGUAUUGCAACAUUGUGGGCAGAUAAAAGAGACACUCUACAGUGGAGUGAUUCUUAGAACAUCAUGUCCUGGUACACACUCAGGAACUGGAACCCAGGCUCUUAUGCCCUUGAGAACUUCCAUCUUGCCAUUUAGAACAUUUAUGAUGAAUCUUCUCAUCCAACAAACCAGUGCUGGAUCUAGAUGGACUCCUUAAACUUGCAGGAUGAUGUGGAAAGCCUGCAACACCAUCUUGUGGGGGUGCUCAGUAAGGACCUUGAAUGGCUGACCUUGAAGGCCAAGUUCUUCCUGCCUGACCUAGACCUGACUCCUGUGGACGAGGCCCCAGAUCCCACCCAGAAAGUCUCCCUGCUCCUUGGCAAACUGAGAGCCCAUGGCCCCUCUACAUGGCGGACCUUCAUCCAUUGUGUCUGCAUGGAACACACCAUGCCCCUGCACUUGGAGACCAUGCUCCUGAGUGUCUGGGGUACAGACAGUGAGGUUCCAAGCCAGAACAGAUACUUCUGCGAGGAUGCCUUUCCUAAGUCCCAGCUCCAUCAUUCAGGCCUCAAGCGACCCUCCUCAGAGAUAGGCUCCUCACCUCAUCGAAAAUGUUCCAGGCAGCAGCAGCUAGGGUCGGUCAGAAGGUAUGAGAAGCUCCUGAGGACGUUGGUCCUGCAGAGGUAUGGGAGUACACAAGUAAGAACCACCGUGCCCCAGAAAGGACGGCCAUUCUCCUUCAGCCAGACCUACGUGGACCUAGUUGUGCGUCGGGGCAAGGUAACCUGGCUGAAGGAGAACCCAGAGAAACCACGGGGCGAUGCUCUGUCAGGACCUCUUGAGGUAGAGGAUGGGGCUGAUUUGAAGGUCCAGGACCUCUUCAAGGGCCAGUCAGGUGCAGGCACCAAGGUGACAGUCUUGCUUGGGAAGCCGGGGGCAGGAAAGAGCAUGCUGAUGCAUCGAAUCUGCCAGAUGUGGGCCAACAGCGAGCUGGACCAGUUCAGCAAGGUCUUCCUCUUUGAAUUCCGCCAGCUUAACCUAGUGAACCAGGAGCUGACCCUUCCCCAGCUCCUCUUUGAGUUAUACCUGAGCCCAGAGGAUGAGCCUGGUGCCAUCUUCCAGCAUCUUCAGGAGAAUGCCCAGCGAGUUCUGCUAGUCUUCGAUGGGCUGGAUGAGUUCCUCUUCCCCUGGCCCAGUCAGGGGCGCUGUGGUGAGGACUCCCUGGAUCCGACCCUACCUCUGCCUGUUGCCACACUGUUCUCUAGCCUCUGUAGUGGAUCCCUCUUGCCAGGCUGCUGGGUGGUGACCACCUCACGCCCUGGGAAGAUUCCAGACUUCUUACUGGAAACAGCCACAUCAGUGUUUGAGGUCUGGGGGUUUGAAUGGCUGCAGAUCGAGAAGUAUGUCAGCAACUUCUUCCAUGGAUUGCCCUUUCGGGAUACGGCCCUCACUGAACUCAGGGACAAUACCCAGCUCCAGAGCCUGUGCACUGUCCCAGCUCUGUGUUGUAUCAUCUGCAUCUGUCUCUAUCACCUCCUGCUCCAGGGCAGUACCAUUAACUUUCCCUCAACAGUCACCCAGGUCUAUAUGCAGAUGCUCCAUGUCUUCAUCAGCCGGAAGCAGGGGGCCUCUGAGGACAAGGACGCCUGGAUGAGCAAGGACUCCCAGGCUCUUCUGGGCCUUGGUGAACUAGCCUUCAAUGGGCUAAAGGUCAAGCAAAUAGUAUUCUACCCAGGUAAUAUACCUGAACGGGUAGUGGCCUUUGCAGCUACCCACAACCUACUGUCCUCCUUUAGGGUAAGGACAGGAAUCCAGCAGCAGAAGACAUGCUAUGCCUUUGUCCACCUCAGCCUCCAGGAGUUCUUUGCAGCCCUGUAUCUGAUGGUGAGCCCCAACAUAGAUAAGGCUGAUGUGGGCUGCCACUUCUUUCUCAAGUCCAAAUGGUCCCUGAGGACCAAAGCCAGGACAGAACUCCUGGAUCGCUUCCAUACCUUUUUGUCGGGCUUCUCCUCCCAGACCUGCCAGCCCUUCCUGAGUCAUUUGUCACAACAGGAUGAAGCCUGGGUGGGUACCAAGCAGGCAGCCAUCCGGCAAGUGUUACAGGGACUGGCAGCCCGAAACCUAACAGGACCCAAGAUGAUACAGCUGUGCCACUGUGUCAGGGAGACCCAGGAUGCUGAGCUGGUUAAGCAGGCUGGCAGGCACCUUCCUUUCAGUCUGGACUUCCAUAAUUUCCCCCUGAACUACACAGAUUUGGCUGCGCUGACCUCUCUUAUCAACCACGCUUCUGCUUCUGUGCAUCUCGAUUUUUCUGGGUGCUCUUUGGAGCCUCAGUGCCUCGAUGCCCUAGCUGGCUGUGAGAAAAUUGAAAGUCUCAGGGUUAGAAGCAGGAAGUGCAGAGAUGCUUUUGCAGAAGCCCUCUCCAGGACAUUGCCAACAAUGAAAAAUCUGAGGAAACUUGAGUUAACUGGAAAUAACAUCUCAGUUCAAGGCAUUGGCCACCUGGCACAAGCGUUUACAGACUGCCUUCAGCUGGAAGAGAUUAAUUUGCAGGACAACAGAUUGAAUGAUUCUUCAUGUGUAAAGAUCAUUGAGAUACUCCACAAGAUGCAGCGGUUACAGAAAAUUGACUUAAGCCGAAAUGCAGUUUCUGUCUCGGCGGUCCUUGCCUUGGCAAAGGAAGCAGUUUCUUACCCCAGAGUUACCACCUUGGAGGUUAGGCAAGCACAGAUCAUCAUUCUCUUCUUUGUAUCCUCAGGAAAGACUCUGGAAAUGCCUCGAUCCCAGAAUGUGAAGAAAAAUGAGCCCCUAAAGAAAAUUAUGACUCAGGCCAGAAAACUAACAUUCAGGCUUCAGAAAUGCAACCUUGCUGUCCACCAUGCUAAGGAGAUAGCUAAGAUGCUCAAGCACAGGCCCUGCCUGGAAGAAGUAGAUUUGUCAGGAAACCAGCUGGAAGAUGAAGGCUGCCGGGAGCUAGCAGAGACCUUGCCUGAUUUACAGAUCGCCAAACAGUUUAACAUCAGUGACAAUGAGCUAUCCCAGUCUAGUAUAUAUUGCUUGCUGACUUCAGCCAAUGCCUGCAAGAAUGUGGUGGAGCUAGAUAUCAGCCUGAAGAACAAAACUGCCAUCUUUAGAUUUGCUGGGGAUCAGGAGAACGAUGAAGCCCAGCCCAGAGCUACAGUUUCAAAUACUCAGCUGUCCAGCAACAGCCCUGAACCGCCGUCCCCUUCUGCCAGGGUGAUCAGACUGAGACACUGCGGUUUUCAGUCCAGGGACCUUGAGAAGCUGUGUCGGGAGCUGGGCAGCUGCAGCCAUCUUGACUUAUCCAAUAACCAUUUGGGCAACAAAGGCAUUGAGAAACUGACUCACCUCCUCCCUGGCCUGAGAUCCCUGCAGUUCCUGAUCUUGAAUGAGAAUAGAGCAUCCUUGAAAGCUGUGUUCUGCUUAGCGUCAACUUUCUCUGACCUGGAGUGGAUCCAUGAGGUAGACAUCAGCUUGGGAAGACAACAGUCCAUCUCUGUGAGAUGCAUUGGGAGAGCCAGGGAACAAAGUACCUGUGGACAAUGGGCAAAGCGGAAGACUCAGCAGGAAUCCCUAGAGUGGGAUGCACACUUCCCCAAGAGCUUUUGUCUCAGAGAGUGUCAAAUGGACCCCCCAAACUUAAAAAAACUGCUCCGGAUUCUGAAGAUGUGCCAAGGACUGCUGGAGAUCAAAUUCUCACAUGUUACCAUGAAUGAUCAGAGCAUUGAGAUGCUACUCGACCACUUAUCCCAGCUUCACAAUCUGAACUUGUUACUACUCAGCCAGACCACUUUGUCUCUAAAUAGCAUCUUCUUGCUGACCAGUGCCAUUAGCCUAUGUGAACAAAUUCAAAAGGUGGAAGUCAGGUCCCAGAAUUAUGUCUGUCUGUACUUUACUCCUGGCAAGAGGAAAGGAGUGUCCUGUAGGCUCACAGAUUGUUGCAUCAGCCAAGUGGAUAUGGAGCAGCUGUGCCAUAUACUAGGGCGGUGCAAAGAUCUGGGUCACCUUGAUCUGUCAGGAAACUUGCUGGGUGACGAAGGGCUCAAAUAUCUUCUGAAGCAUUUACCUCAGAUGAAUCUCUCUGGCUCACUCAAUCUAAGCCGUAAUAACAUCUCUCAGGAGGGUGCUCUACUCUGCUCCACCAUUGCUCUCUCCACCUGCACACAGGCCCAUGAAGUCUCGGUCAGCCUGGAUCCAGAGCAGAAGUUUCUGAUACAGUUCACAGAGCACCAAGAGCCCAGAAAGAUCCUGAGGCUGAGCAGAUUCAACUUCCAGCAAGAGCACAUCAGGAGGCUGGCCACCCUGGUGGGGCAAGUGCCAAAGCUGACUGAUCUCAUAUUGGCCAAUAACACAGUAUCACUACCAGGGUUGCAGCUUCUCUUGAAUUUAGUGAGAAUGCCACCAGGGAUGCUGAGGAUCAGUGUUGAAGAGCCAUGGAUGACCAUGACCAGUGUCACCGCCCUGCUAGAUGCAAGCAUCCAGGCUUCAGGCAACAUCACUAAGAUAAGCAUCUCCAGACAACAGUCUCUCCUCCAUAUCGAAGAGGCAUUUCCCCAGCAGACAGAGAAUCCUGCAGUCGCAAUUUUCAGACUGGCUCAGUGUGACCUAGGAGCUGGUCAGACAUUUCCUUGCAGACUGAUCCAGUAUGACCUAGCAGCCAGCCAGAACCUUGCCAUCAGGCGGGUAGUUGAAAAGUACAUCAGACUGCAGGAGCUUAGCUGGUCCCAGGUUCACUUGUGUGAUGCCAGCACCCAGCUACUCAAGACUCUGCUUCUGUCUCUCCUUGAAUUGAAGAAACUCAGGCUGACAGCUAUCGUGGUGAGCCCAGAGGGGGUGCGCCAGGUAGCAUCUGGGCUGAGUCAUUGCAAUACUGUGGAAGAGCUAGAUCUAUCCAAGAAUGAGUUCGGUGUGGAAAGCACCAGGGUGCUAAUGGGAGCUCUGGAAGGGAAGUGCCAACUUAGGAGUCUGAACCUCAGUUCCCUGCAACUGGAUGUCCUGGUAUUGAAUGAACUAGCCCAGAGACUUCGGGGAAUGUCCCUCCUACAAAGACUUGACUUGAGCAACAGUGGCCUCAGCAGCAUCGGUUGCUCCCACCUGUCAGCUUGCCUCAGGAAUGCUACCAACUUAGAAGAUCUGAACUUGAGCCGCAACAAGAUUGAAGAUGCUGGGGUGCAGCAUUUAUCACCCAUCCUGCCCACAUUGCUGCAGCUCAGAAAGAUUGACCUCUCAUGGAACGGCAUCAGCCCAACAGGAGGCCAGAAGCUAGCUGAGGCACUGACGCUCUGUGUCCAGGUGGAGGAGUUACACUUGGGGGCCAACACAAUGGGGGACCUGAUGGCCAUAAGGCUUGCCCAGAACCUGCCACAAAAUCUGAAAGUCUUGUACCUUUGUUCCAACCAGAUUGGCACCGAGGGAACACUGAGCCUGGGCCAGGCCCUUGCCAGAUGCCAGUCGAUAGAAGAGGUCAGCUUGGAAGAGAACAUCUUUGCUGAAGGGAUUCUGCCUCUCUCAAAGGGACUCCUGAAGCUCAGAAAGAUUAACCUCACAUCCUGCAAGAUUAACGACCAGAUGACCAAACCUCUUGCCAGCAGCUUGGUUCUCUGCCAUGACCUUGAGGAGAUCCUGUUGGCCUGGAAUUCCCUUGGGAACGAAGGGGCCACUGAACUAGCCCGUGUUCUGCCUCAGAUGAACCAGUUGAAGAAAUUGGAUUUGGAAGGCAAUCAGAUCGGUUCCCUGGGAGCACAGCUGCUGGCAAAGGGGUUAGCCAAGGGUCCUGGAAUUCAAGUCAUAUGCAGCCUGUGGAAGAAUCCAGUCCCCAAGGACACAGCCCAGUUGCUCCAGAGCCAGGAUCCCAGACUGAACUUCUCCUAACCGACCCCAGUGGAGCCCCAGGACUCCUCCCUUAGGUUCACCAGAUCCACGCAAGAUGGAUGUAUGCCCCCUUUGCAGAGUGGGGGUCCAACCAGAUGCAGAUUCAAGGAGAGGAUUCUCCUCGUCCUGGAAUGUCCCUGCUGUGGGGUCAGUGGGAUGCAAGCUGCCAGGCAGGCCCCUCCUCUCCUGCACCAUCCCUCGAGGAAGGUAUCUGCUUUGGACUGGACAAGGCAGGGCAGGCACAUUGCCUGUCAGUGUGAAAUCAGUUUGCUCAUCUGUAAAAGUGGAGCUGGAUGAUCUGUAAAGGUCCCUUCCAGCUCCAACAUUUUACGGUCCUGGGAGUCUAAAGCGAUACCAUGGAAAGUGAGCAUUGGCUCUGGAGUCAGAGGGUCUGGGCUUAGAUCUAGCCUCUGAUGCUUACUCUCUCUAUGACUUUAUGCAAGUCCCUGGAUUCCCCUGGGCCUCACGUUUCCUUUUCUGUUAAAUGAUGAGGUCGAACCUCGAAUACAUUUAUGCUCCUAUCUAUGUGUGUUUGCAAUGGAGGAAGUGCUACAUAGAGUAGUGGAGUUUAAUCUGUUGUGUAACAAGGAAUAUAAAAUAUGGUGUGAUGCAGGGACAGAGGCAUAACCAGCUUCCAAUUGGCAUCAGUCUGAUCUGGGUCCUGUUUUCAUUAUUUCUUUUUUAAUUAAGCAUGUAUAUACCACAUUCCCAGGAUGACUGAACUGGAGAAACGCUCUAUCCUUUGGAGGUCUCACCCAGCCUCCCCACUAGACCUUUAGGUUGGGCUGGGGGGGAAGGUGGGACGGCACCCAUCCAAGCAGCUGGUGCACUGGCCACUGAGUCAGGACUCCUGGAUUCUAGUCCCAGCUGUCUCAUGGAUUUAUAUGCGUGACUUCGGGCAAGUCAUUUCCUCCACCGUACUGCUUAUAAUGUCCAUCUGGCAUCGAGGAUUGGUUUCUCCCUUCUAUCUCUGAAAUUCUGUUAUUCAAUGGUAUAAAGUUUUGAGUCUAGGUUUCCUCCCAGGGUCCUCAAGGCUUCCCUUCCCCCUUCAUUCAACUACUGAGCAACUGUUGAAUACCUUGUUUGCACAUAAUUUUUGCUUGUUGUCUCCUCGGGAGGCUGUAAGCUUCUUGAGGAUUGGCAUUGUUUUUGCCUUUCUCUGUAUAGGAGUGGGCAGAGCAAUGUGGGGUGUGAAGAUGCACUGAAAACCCUCCGGGCAUGUGGAUCUGAAAGGAGGGGUCCUGGGUUCAAGUCCCACUUCUUUUAUUUAUUUUGUGACCUUGGAUAUGUAUCAUACCUUCUCUGAACUUGGACUUCCACAUCUGCAAAAUAAAGAUUAUACUACUUGAACUAACUUGCUAAAAUGAUAGAAGCACUGAGGCUAGAGUCAGAGACCAAGAGUUAUUUAACCUCUGUGAGCUUCAACUUCCUCAUCUAUAAAAGGAAGCAGUUGAACAGGGUGAUCUCAAAGGUCUCCUCCGGCUCCAGAUCUCUGAUUCUAUGUGCCUACCUCAAAAUGUGUUUAUAAAUAUUAAAGCGUAAUGAGAAGUCUA